AUGCGGCGCAAGGCCUGCCCGGCGCCCCCCCGCCCGAAGAGGAGGAGGCGGCGGGGGUCGCGGGGGUCGCGGGAGGCGGGGGGCUCGCCGCGCUUCGUGGUGCAGGAGACGGAGGAAGCGGCGCUGCUGCUGGUGCCCGAGGAGGGCCCGGCGGGGCCGCGGGGGGCGCGCAGGAGGCGGGGCGGCGGGGCCGAGCCGGGGGGCGCGGGGUCCCCGGGGGGCGCCUGGGGGUCCCGCCUCCCGGCCGAGCUGCUGGUGCGCGUCUUCGGGCUGGCGGCGGCCUCCGAGGGGGGCGCGGUGCCCUUCCUGUGCCGGGCGGCCCGCGUGUGCCGGCUGUGGUGCCGAGCGGCGGCGGCGCCGGUGCUGUGGCAGCGGGUGGCGGUGGGGCACUGCUGGGCGGCCCCGGGGCAGAAGUGGGUCCCUGCGCAGCAGCAGAAGGCCCUGGGCACCCUGGAGUGGCUGGCGGCCCACAGGUUCUCCCUCCUGCGCGACUUCACGCUCAGCCACUGGAAGAGCCUCGUCCCGCCAGUGCUGCAGGCUCUGGCCGCUUCCAGCCCGCACCUGGCCACCCUGCGCCUGGCCCACUGCAGCGGGGUGACCACCGAGCCCCUUUGCCAGCUGGCCACGUCCUGCCCACGACUGGUGAGCCUGAACCUGCAGGGAUGCCAGGUGGACCCCUGGGCGGUCACCGGCUUCCUGGAAAGGGCAGGUGCCCGGAUGGAGCAGCUCUCGCUGACCUACAGCAGCCGCCUGAGCGCCAUUUUUGCUCUCCUGGUGGGUGGCUGCUGCCCGGACCUGCGGCUGCUGGAGGUGAAUGCGGAGAUCAAGCAAUGCACCCAGCACUUCCAGCUGCCCAUUGAACAGCUGCAGGCCGCCUGUCCACAGCUGCAGGUGCUGCGGCUGCUCAACGUCACCUACUACCCGAAGCAACUCCCGGCCUCGUCCCCACCAUCCCCGGGCUUCCCACAGCUGGAGGAGCUGUGCCUGGCCACCACGGCCUUCUCCUUCGUGGACAACCACAUGCUGUGGCGCAUUCUCAGCGCCUCCAGCCGCCUCCGUGUCCUGGACCUGCGUGGCUGCGUCCGUGUGACGCCCAAAGGGCUGGAGCGGCUGACCUGCCCAGACCUGGAGCAGCUCUACCUGGGCCUGCAUUACAGCGACCGCAGCCUCUCCCGGCCUCUGGAAGGCAGCCCCCUCCUCACCUGGAAGUGGCGGCACAGCCUGCGGGAGCUGGACCUGACCAGCCAGGGCUUCAGCGAGGAAGACCUGGAGGAGGCCAUGGCCGCCUUCACUCGGGGAGGGGCUCCGCUGCUGCGCUCCCUCAGCCUCACGGGGACCAAGAUCGCCCUCCGGACCGUCAGGACCCUGAUCGCCAGCUGCCCCUCCCUCAGCUACCUCAACCUCUCCUCCUGCCGCCAGCUGCCCCGGGGCACCAAGAAGGCCUAUCGCGGCCCGGGUGAAAUCCGCCAGUGUUUGCGGCAGCUCUUGACCGCCUUGGAAGACCCGGAGACCCCAGAGGGGGGGGCAACUUAAGGCCUGCGACCCCUGAACUCUGGGGCAGCACAAGCCCUCCUUCCCAGAGCUGCCGAGUUGGGUCCCCUCCCCGUUUUGCAGGAUGGACGGCUGGCCCUCCACUCCUAAUUCGAAGGGGCAGCCCUCCCUCCGUCCCCCCCCCCCUCAGCCUCAGGAAGUCCAGCAUGGAAGCACCUUCACGGUUGACUCUGGCUUUUGUACGUAUUUCUCUUUUCUAAGGUUUGUAGACUCAGGUCCUGUCCGAAUAAAAGGAUGCUUGUCUUUUUGUCAUUGG